AUGUUUUCCGAGGAGAGGAGGCAUGGCGGCAGCAGACGGCGCGCUCGCCAGAUCCAAUCGCGCGAGGCAGCUCACGACGGACGGCGCGACGGCUGGGCGCGGGGGCUUCGGCUCGGAUUUUCUGGCCGGGGGAACGGGCGGCACGGCGAUGUGGUCGCCUGGGGCGCGGCGUGCGGCGGGGCGGCGGCGGCGCGAGAGCUUGAACGGCGGGGCGACACUCGGGAGGAGGGAUUAGGCGGAGCAUCUGGCGGUGGAGGAGAUCCUCACCGACGAGCGCCGGCGCCGCCCAGGCCCCAAAUCGAGCUCGAGUUCCUCGGGCCCAAGCCGGGCACCGACGGGUCGUACCCGGUGGACAGGUCAGCGGCGGUCAACAGCGACAAGCUCCUCCGGGACAUCAUGGUCGAGAACAAGAUCGAGCUCUACGCGACAUACAGGAAGCUGAUGAACUGCAGCGGCGGCGGCAGUUGCGGCACCUGCACCGUCGAGAUAAUCGAUGGGAAGGAGCUCCUGAGCCCGAGGACGGACGCCGAGAAUCGUUACCUGAAGAAGAAACCGGAGUCGUGGAGGCUGACCUGCCAAACGAUCGUCGGAAACAAGGAGAACUCCGGCAAGGCAUGAUCUCACUAAGCCUCACACACCGUCUCCGGCUUUCUUGUCAUGACCGCCAUUGUCUUCCUAAAAAAAAUUGUGGUUCGUCUUGCAGGUCGUCGUCCAACGGCUGCCUGAGUGGAAGAAAUGAGCGAACAAUCUUGCCUGCACAUUCGAUGUUCUGUACUAACAACAUGUGGUCGAUCCAAUGCCAUGUACCUCCUGCUAAGAAGUGUUGAGCGAAGACGUCUAUCCUGGCAACAAGUUACUGACAAUUUAAAUGUGCAGUUCUUCACUCCAGGAAUGAACAAAAGAAGAACGCAUCUGUAACUGCUGCUGGCAUCAGUUACACAAACCUGUUAUUGGCAUGUAAUCAUCAUUAGCCAGGAACAAGUGGUUUAUUCCAAAUAUGAAUAAUUCCUCAUAUUUGUUUGCCAAAAUCAUAUGAGUU